GGUUGAAGCACUUACAUGCCACGUAUACAAUUUCUAAAGUGCCUGCGUAUCCUGCAUCACGCACUGCCAGAGUAUAAAAGUUUUUUAUCCGGGAAGGAAUGUAACCGGCAAGUGGAGGUAAAAUCCACGAGUCUACCGGGAGUUGGCAGUUGGAGAAACGAAAGGAGAAUAAAACGAACCGGAAAAAGGAGCGGAGACGUAGAUGCAGAAGCUCUUCUUCUCUCUUUUUAUAUAAAAGAGAGGAAAAGAGGGUAUUUUUCUGCAGAAAGCAGAGCUUCCAUGUCUGGCUUUCAAAGUAGCGAUUUCUACGGCUCCGCCGGAAUCGGCGGAGGAUCGGCUAACUCCGUCCGACUCCAGUACCGAUCUCAACCUGGAGGGAUUCUCGUUGGCCCAUCUCAAUCUCCUUCAGGUUUCGUUCCUCAGCAGCCUUCCUUCUUGAAACGAUCUCUCACUGAUUUGGAGAGAAAUCAGCAGCAGUUGCAGCAGCUACAGCAGCUACAACAGCAGACUCUUCUUCUUAGAUCGGUGAAACAGAGAACCCAUCAAACAUCUCCGAUAUCUCCGCUUUCUCCUAUCGAUUUCUCUGCUGUUUCUCCAGAAAUUUCUACUGCUUGUUCUUCUGCAGCAAGGCUUCGUUUUCCCCUUCAACAGCAGCAGCAGCAGCAACAGCAACAACAACAACCCAACAACCCCAACUCGUCUUUCAUCUCUUUCUCGUCCGUUCCCAGCCGAAUCGCGGCCUCUGGAGCGGAACCCAACUCGGAAAAGAUGCGAAAUCAGUUGCAGGAGCUGGAAAGGCAGCUGUUGGAUGAUAACGACGAUGAAAGCUCUGUUUCUGCGAUUACCAGCAGCGAAUGGAAUGAGACUAUGCAAAAUCUCAUCACCCCAAAACCCCUUUCUCCUUCUCCAACAUCAUCUUCUUCUUCGUCAUCGUCCUCAUCGUCGUCUCCGCCAUCAUCGUCGUCGAAACAGCUGCUGACUGAUUCUGCGACCGCGAUUUCAGAAGGGAAGAUAGAUGCAGCGACAGCGAUCCUCCGGCGUCUGAAGCAGUCGUCGAAUGGCCGAAGAGGCGAUCAGGAACAGAGGCUCACGGCAUACAUGGCCGCAGCGCUGCUAGCUCGCAUAAACCCUUCCGAAGCUCCUCCAAUUGCCGAGCUCUGCAGCGCAGAGCAUCUCCUCGCCACCCAAAUGCUCUACGAAGCCUCGCCCUGUUUCAAGCUCGGAUUCAUGGCGGCCAAUCUCGCCAUCCUCGAUGCAACCAGAGACCACCCCAAGAUCCACAUCGUCGAUUUCGACAUCGGUCAAGGUAGCCAGUACAUGACCCUCAUCCACGCCCUCGCCGAGCGUCAGCUCGCCAAACCAACGGUCAAGAUCACCGCCGUGAAGGAUCCCAGCUCGAUGAUCGGCCGCAACAACGGCGCCGAUCCUAUUCAGGCCGUCGGCGACCGACUCAAGAAGCUAGCCCAGCGUGUCGGCAUUGGGUUCCGUUUCAACGUCCUCUGCUGCCGGCCCUCCGAGCUCCGGCGCGAGUCGAUUGGGUGCGAUCCGGACGAGUCUCUGGCGGUGAAUUUCGCUUUCCGGCUCUACCGAAUGCCGGACGAGAGCGUCUCCACCGCAAACCCCCGCGACGAGCUGCUCCGCGUCGUGAAGCGCCUCUCCCCGACGGUGGUGACCCUGGUCGAGCAGGACCUCAACACGAACACGGCCCCGUUCCUCGCCCGGUUCGGUGAGUCCUGGUCCCACUACCGCGCGCUCUUUGACUCGCUCGACGCGACCCUGGCUCGCGACGGAUCGGAGCGGGUCCGGGUCGAGGAGUGCCUUGCCCGUAAAGCCGCCAACGCGGUGGCCCGAGAAGGGCGGGAAAGGUUCGAACGGUGUGAGGUUUUCGGCAAAUGGCGGGCCCGAAUGGGAAUGGCCGGGUUCGAACCAAGACCGCUCGGGUCCCAUAUUGCUGAGUCGCUGCGCGCGCGACUCGGAACGAGUCGAACUCACCCCGGGUUCUUCGUUAAGGAAGAAGGUGGUGGGAUUGGGUUUGGGUGGAUGGGUCGAAUCCUGACCGUUGCUUCUGCCUGGCGUUAGAUUUUCUUUUUUUAAUUUUAAUUUUAAUUUUUGUUAUUAUGGUUGUUGUUAUUGUUGUUAUUAAUUAAUUAUUAUUAAAUAUUAGAGAGAAAAGACCAGAAACAAACGAAUAAA